ACCUCUUUUCCCCGAUCUCUCUCUCUUUCGCUCCCUUUCCUCUCGCGCUGCUGGUUGCCGACUGUCCAGCAGUGCCGUCCGCCGUCUGAGAAAAUCCUACUGCACCGCUACUCCACUCAUAAACCCUAGUUCUCCGCUAAAAUGAACUGCUCUAUCUCCGGCGAGAUUCCGGAAGAGCCAGUUGUCUCUAAGAAUUCUGGAUUACUCUUCGAGAAGCGGUUAAUCGAGAGGCACAUUUUAGACUAUGGGAAAUGCCCUGUUACAGGCGAACCUCUUUCCAUUGAUGACAUCGUUCCAAUUAAAACUGGAAAGAUAGUCAAGCCCAGGCAAGCUGCUAGCAUCCCUGGAAUGCUUGGAAUGUUCCAGAAUGAAUGGGAUGUUUUGGUGCUGUCCAAUUUUGCACUGGAGCAACAGUUGCAUACAGCCAGACAGGAACUUAGUCAUGCCUUAUAUCAGCAUGAUGCAGCCUGUCGUGUAAUUGCAAGACUUAAGAGAACAUCCAAUGCUGCUGUCAAUGUUAAUGGCAAAAGAGUUAAUGAGGAUGAGGAAUUGGGUCCUGAUGGGAAGAAACUACGUCCAGGAAUAUCAGCCACUGUUAUCUCUGAGCUCACAGAUUGUAAUGCUUCCCUUUCACAACAAAGGAAGAAGCGGCAGAUACCUCCUACGUUGGUUCCUGUUGAGGCUUUAGAAAGUUACACCCAGAUUUCUAGUCAUCCACUUCAUAAAACAAACAAACCAGGGAUUAUAUCUCUUGACAUCAAUCAUGAGAAGGAUGUCAUUGCGACUGGAGGGCUGGACACAAAUGCUGUUCUUUUUGACACAAAUGCUGUUCUUUUUGGUCGAUCAUCUGGGGAGAUUUUAUCUACACUGAGUGGUCAUUCAAAGAAGGUAACAAGUGUCAAAUUUGUCACCCGAGAUGAUUUUAUCUUGACUGGUUCAGCUGACAAGACUGUCCGUGUGUGGCAACCAUCUGAUGGCGGGAACUAUAAUUGUAGACACAUUUUAAAGGAUCACACAGCUGAGGUCCAAGCUGUUACCGUCCAUGCUACCAACAACUUCUUUGUUACUGCCUCCCUUGAUAACACAUGGUGUUUUUAUGACCUUGCUUCAGGAUUAUGCCUAACCCAGGUUGCAGAGGCUUCAGGAACGGAGGGCUACACAUCUGCUGCCUUUCAUCCUGAUGGACUCAUCCUUGGAACCGGCACGUCAGAGGCCCUUGUUAAAAUUUGGGAUGUAAAAAGUCAGAAAAAUGUUGCUAGAUUUGAUGGACACGUUGGGGCAGUGACAGCUAUAUCAUUUUCUGAAAAUGGUUACUUCCUUGCGACUGCAGCUCAUGAUGGAGUAAAGCUGUGGGACCUUCGAAAAUUGAAGAACUUCCGUACAUUUGCACCUUAUGAUUCAGAAACUCCAACAAACUCCGUGGAAUUUGACCAUAGUGGAUCUUACCUUGCAAUUGCUGGCUCAGAUAUAAGAGUUUACCAAGUUGCUAGUGUGAAAUCUGAAUGGAAUUGCAUCAAAACUAUUCCAGAUUUAUCUGGCACAGGUAAAGCAACCUGCCUAAAAUUCGGAACGGAUGCAAAAUACUUGGCAGUCGGAUCCAUGGAUCGAAAUCUUCGGAUUUUUGGUGUGCCUGGGGAAGACGGGCCGAUGGAGACAUAAGUUGAAAUUCUGGAAAAGAUGAACGCUAGCUUCCCGUUAUAUUUGACCAAUUACAGGUUUGAAUUAUGAAAUUUUAAAACCAGAUUAUGAAGCAGAGGCAUCUUUUAAAGAUUCUCCAGCAAAAUUGAGGGUUACAACACCCAGAUCAAAAAUUUCACCAAUUUGUUUUCUUGUAGUAAGUUUGAACUAAUCUCGUUUCUAUGAAUGUAUGAUUUUGUUGAGUAAAAAGAUUAUGUAGCUGUGUCACCUUCAGGUAGUCAUAGAACUGUUAAUAUACGCUGACAUUUUUUAUUGGCCGUUCUUUUGCAUUUUGGCAGUGAAAAAACUUUAAUAGAAUUAUCCUUAUUACUGUUCGACAUU